CGUGGCAAAGUGUGAAAGUGAUAAUGUAGAACACAUUUAUCACUCAUCGUAUGUUCUUUUCUCCAAAACUUAAUCGCUUUAACGAAGAUUUACAAUUACUCAAAAGCUACAAGCGUGACACUACCGCUAGUUUUGCCGAACCCGGGACCCGCUACUUAAAAAAAAAAAAACCUAUUAUUCAAAAAAAAAAAAAAAAAAACCUCUUUAUCAUUCCCUCCAAAAAAAUAAAUCCAUAAACACACCCGAAAAAAAAAAAAAAAAAACCCUUACCCGCUAUCAUCCAAAUACAUCUUCCUCGUACAAUUUGAUAGUUCCCUCUGUAAUCUGGAUCAAAGCAUUCGAAAAUCCAAAGGUACAAUCAAUUUCCCCCCUUUUUAGUUCGCCUUAAUCAGUUAAUCAUCCCGUAAUAGUUUAUCUUGCUCAAUCAAUUCAAAUUGAUUUCAUGCCCACCAACUGUUUGUUGAAAUGCUUCAAAGAAUUCUUUUCACCAACCCACGUUUAUAUCCCCGUAAUCAUCUUCAAUUCAACUUACCCUUCACAAUUUCAUCACUUUCAUCUCUUUUUCCUGGGAAAAAUUUAGUUCAAACUGAUAAUAUCGAUGCCCAAAUAGUAUCAUUAUGUCGAAAAGAUCGUUCUUUUGCAGCAGCAGCUUCAUUAUUUAACAAUGCCUUCACUUCAGGGACAACCCCUUCUCCCAAAACAUGUAAUUUCCUUGUUAAUGAGCUUAGGGAGGCAGGGAAACAUGAAUUAGCGUUUUCAGUGUAUAACAAAAUGACCCAUGUUGGUAUUAAACCGCUGUUUUAUUCACUAGCUGCUUUGCUUGAGUAUUUGGUGAAAUCACCUGAACCAAGUUAUGCAUUAGGGGUUGUUGGGUUGAUAUGGAAGAGCGGUUUUGAGGUUAAUGUGUACCUUAUGAAUCUUGUAUUGAAGGGUCUAUGUCAAAAUGGAGAGAUAGAUAAAGCAAUGGAGGUUUUGCAAGAAAUGGCUAAUAAUUCUGUGAAACCUGAUGUUAUUAGCUAUAAUACAGUAACAAAUGCUCUUUCUAAGGCGAAGAGGGUGUUCGAGGCGUUACAUUUGAUGGAUCGAAUGAAGAAAGCUGGUUGUUUUCCUGAUUUGAAAUCGUAUACUAAUGUUUUAGAUGGGUUGUGUAAACUUGGUAAGAUGGAAGAUGCAAUGGUGUUGAUGGAGGAGAUGAAGGAAAACAGUUUUGAUGUUGAUGUUGUUGCUUAUAGUGCUCUUAUUAAAGGGUUUUGCAAUAAGGGAAAUGCUGAUAAAGUUGAGGAGCUUUUUCAUGAGAUGUUGGAAAGGGGAGUGACUCCUAAUGUGAUCACUUAUUCAUGUGUGUUGCAGUUUCUUUCCACCAUGGGAAGGUGGGAAGAAGUUUCUAAAAUGGUGAAAGAUAUGACGGGAAAAGGGAUUCAUCCUGAUGCAACUGUUUAUUCAGGUAUAAUUGAUGGUCUUUGCAAAAAUCAGAAGACUGCAAAAGCUGUUUCCAUGUUGAAACUGAUGCAAGAUAAGGGUGAAGAACCGCCUGUUGCAACGUACAAUUCUGUAGUCAAUGCACUCUGCAAAUCUGGUUUAAUUUCUGAGUCUUUCGACAUAUUGAAGAUGAUGAUGGAUAAAGGGAAGAAACCCGACUUGUUGACUUACACUACAUUGGUUAAAGGUCUUCUUGAAACAGGGAAAGUUGAUGAUGCUAUAAUGAUCUUCAACUCAGUUUUUGAAGAUGAGGCUUAUAUUCAACCAGAUGUUAUUGCAUACAAUACAAUGAUCAUAGGGCUUUGCAAGGAAGGUUACCUUAUUGAAGCUGAAACAUUUUACCAGAAGAUGAACGAAGCAGGAAUUCACGGAGAUGAGGUUACUUACAGUACACUCAUUGGUGGAUAUUUGAAGGAAGGAAACGUUCUUCAAUGUCUGGAAAUAUGGAAAAACAUGAUCAGGGAUAAAAUACUUCCAACUUCAUACACGUAUGGGAUUUUGAUUGAUGGUUUCUGCAAACUGCGAAUGGUUAACAUUGCGAAAGGUCUGUUUCUGAAACUGAAGAACUUUGGUUUUAGUCCUCAAGUUAUGGACUAUACUACAUUGAUGACAACAUUGUGUAAAGAAGGUAGUAUUGAUGAAGCAAAGAUGUUAUUCCAAAACAUGAAGGAAAUGAAAAACUGUGAACCAAAUAUUGUUUCCUUUGCUGUGAUGAUUAACGGAGCCCUUAAAUCUGGUGAUUUUGAAUAUGGUAUGUCAAUAUUGACAGAUAUGUUUCAGAGAGGUUUGGUUCCUGAUAAAAUUCUAUUUUCCACUCUAAUACAGAGGUUUUCAGAUGCUGGAUUGAUGGAUGAGGCAAAACAGCUUUUUGAGAGGAUGGUUUCUAAGGGUUUUAAACCUGAUUGUUUUGAUUAUCAGAAUCUGCUAAUGGGGUAUUGUUUAAAAGGUGAUAUGAAUGAAGUUUUGAGUUUGCUUCAUCGAAUGGCAGAUGAGAAACUUGUGUUGAACUCGGAGUUGAGAGCGACAAUCUUGACAUGUCUUUGUCAUUGUAAUGAGUUGAAUAUGGUGGAUCUUCUUCCUACAUUUUCUCAAGAUGGUUUGAAAGAAGAUGAUGAAAUCCCUUGCAAUGAUUUUCUUGAAAAUCUUCAGAAGUUGCAUUCAGAAAUUCCGAAGCUUGGUUCUUGAUGUAUGUUCUGGAGAAGCUUGAGCUUGUAUGAUGGCUAGUAAGUCUGCGUUCUCUACUCUUGCAGUAUUUGGAUUUUUGAAGGCUUAACAUAAUACAUUUUGUAUUUGUUUGGUUGUGGAAAGCUCUAUUGAUUCUUGAUGUAAUUAGGAUUUGUUCUGUUUUUUAAGGGAAAAUAAGUUCAGAAAAGAUAAAUUCAGAAAAAAUCAGUGAAAAUCAGGUGAAUAGAGUGCAUCCUUAGUGUUUAACACAAGUCACAUAGGGUUUCUUCCAACAUUUCUUCCUGUAUUAGGUGUUUCUUCUAAAAAUCAGUGAAAAUCAGGUGAAUAUAACGCAUCCUUCAGCUA